UAAAAAUAAUGGGAUAACCAAACUAGAAGGCUGCACCUGUUAAACCAAGAGAUCCAAUGGAUAUUUAGUUAGAUCUAAGAAUGACAUGGAAACGUCUUGAAUCUGAAUCAAAAAGAAGUUUAAAAGAAUAGGAAAAGAAUGUUGCAAAGGCUAAGGAGGCUUUAAAGAAAAAUAAUGAAGAAGGAGCUAAGCUAUUCUUAUAAACAGCUAUGGCAAAGAAAUAAGAAAGUGAAAAUUUACAAAAAAUGGCAACGAAGAUUUAAUUUGUGGAAUCACAAGUAAAAAGUGCUCAAGCCAAUGCUGAUGUAUUUAUGAAAUUUAUAAGUAUUGUAGAUGAUGCAAUAAUUGAAUGUUGUUACACCAAUUAUGUAAUAGUAUACAAAUAACAUGUCAAUUGAAUAAUUAUAUUAAAAUAUAAAUCAAUUUGACAGGGCCUUAGAUGACAUUAUGGUCUAAGGGAAGGUAAUGGAUUCGAUGAUGAAUAAAAACUCUAAUGAUUUUUAAACAAACAUGGCAGUCGAUUAGAUGAUGCAAUAGCUAAAGAAGGAGGAAGCCUUAAAAUUGCAAGAUCUACAGCCCUCAAGUAUAAACUCAUAUAAUACAUAGAUAUGUAAUUUCAACAGAUACAAUAGUAGCAACAACAACCCUAGUACCAAAAUCAACAGCAAUAUUAAUAAUAGAAAUAUUGAUUUAGAUAAACA